AUGUUCCAGCUGGUCAUAGCAAGUUCUGCGGCAAGGGAGAGGCUGGCUGCAGAGUACAUUGGUCGCGAGUACCGAGUACACGGCCACGAUGCGUUGGCACUGCAUGCAUGCGUGAGGUGGACAGCCUGGCCGGUGAUGCUGAUUCGCUCGUCGCCCCCCCUUGGUCUCUGCGGAGUCAGCUUCUGCUGGCCGUGGAUCGCGCAUGGUGGCCAAUGGCCAAUCGUCAAGUCUUGCGCGCAUGAGAAAUUCCCUGGCCGAAGCGAGGAAAUCGGAAUUCUGCGUGCCAUGAUGUUCAAGGUCCAAAGGUUGGUCAAGUUGUUCUCUGGGCGCGAUUGUGGGGAAAACCCGCUGGCACCAACUACAGAUGCAGUACCUGUAAUCUAG